AUGCGCCGUCGUCGCGCUAUUGUUCAUGUGGGCCAGAUCAUUCUUGUAACUAUCCUUAUAUGUCUCUUCUAUUUUAUUACUGUGUCGCAUAGAAUAUUCGAAAAAGAAGUUUCAUUGGAUUUUCGAAAUGUAUCAAAUCGACCCCGUCAAGCACAUUUAUUUGAUAACAAGUGUAGGUUUGCAUGGACAGAGCCAAUGGAUAACACAUUGAAAAAGCGUCUAAAAUUUCCAAAACGAUCUGGAUGUGAAAAGUACAAUAUUGAUCUUUUCAAACGAUAUCCUGCCACUGGAGAAUUUUCGAUGAAGUCAAAAGCGUACAAAAACAAGUUGGAAUGUGUUGCACAGGUUUUGAAGGGCGGAUUAAGACCAGAAGCGCAUUCUUAUCAACUUGGGAAAUCUCAGAAUUUCUCUCCAAAAAUUAACAAGAGAUUCUGGAUCAACGCGAACAAUUUCAUGAUAACUUGUUUUUCUGGACAGUUGGUCAUUUAUCGGAAACAGUUUAUGGGAUUCAAAAUGAACGAAAAUCAAAAAUUAGUUGUUGAUGGAUCGUUUCAAAUCCCAUAUCCUGAUCCGAAACUUCAGAAGCAUCAAUCCAAACAGUUUUCUAUUUCGAUCCUCGGAUUGGACUCAACGUCUAGAGCACAAUUCAGAAGGCAUAUGAGAAAAACCAGUGACUUGAUGGAUCAACUGGGAAGUGUUGUAUUUGAGGCAUACAAUAAGGUCGGCGACAACAGUGCAGUCAAUAUGAUUCCGAUCCUGGCCGAUGAAUUAACGGAAACUGAGAAUUUGUCUCUUUUGGAUGAGGAUGGAGAUGUAAACCUUAACAAAAUUCUUCCUGCUAAAACCGUUUUGAAUCCGGACACAAUUCAAUGGAUUUGGACACAUCUUUCUCCAGAAUACGUUACAAUGUACAACGACGAUGUGAUGCACACUUCCAGAGGGCUGUUUCAUUAUCCACCUGAAAAUUUUAUGGCAGGAUUCUCGAAACCACCUGCUACAUACUAUUAUCGUCCUUAUUACAACCAUUUAUACAGCCAGUUGAGUAAUUGGUGGAGGAAAUGUUUAGAUGGCGAAAUGUUGGCUGACGUCUUCUUGGAUACUUGGUUUCGGUUUGAAAGGAUUUUCGCAAAAAUCCCACACGUUGGUUUUACAUUUUUAUCCAGUCUAACUCAUGACGAUCCGAACAACUUGGAACUUCUGGAUCAUUCUUUAUUUCACAGACUUGACUACUUAAAUAGAACUGGAUGUCUGGAAAACACCAUUCUUAUUGUUCUGGGAGACCAUGGAAAUCGUGUUCAUCCGUUGAACAGAUACACAUUUGCUGGAAAAAUAGAAGAACGAGCUCCUUUUUUGAGCAUUCUGGUACCACCGAGAUUUCGCGAACUGUUUCCUGAUAAAUAUCGGAACUUGAAAGAAAAUUCUCAACGCUUCAUUUCAAAUUUUCAUCUGCAUUCAACGUUGAAAUAUAUCACAAGUCUUUCAAGGAAUCUCGAAAGUUCUACAAGAAGUAAAAGUCUCUUCGAACUUCAACCCACAAAUUCCACGUGUCAGAAUAAUCGAGUCAUCAGUAAUCACUGUCUCUGUAUGAUUGAUGCAUCACAAGAUUUUUCUAGUAAAAAGGAUUUGUUAGGAAGAAUUCCAAAUCCCGAUUCUCUACAUGAAGUUCUGAAAAUAUACUUGGCGAUUACAGCAAAUGUUUUCAAGUGGACUCUCUUCAAUGCGGAAAUGUGGUUUACUGAAACCUUGAUGCCUAACAACUAUGUCCAGGUUUGGGCCCGAACCAAAAUCAGUGAUAGUGAAAUAGUCAGAAAAAAGGAGAAAGCUAGUGCAGUGAUAUAUCCAUACAUCAAAUGUGACAUGCAAUCUAAAAAUGGAGAUUUCGUUGAAAUUUUGGCUCAAUUUCGUUUAGUACAAGCGUCUGAAGAGGCAACAAUUCCAUAUCCUCCACGAUUACAUGUCAGCUCUCAAAGUCAAUGCUCUCAUUUCUCAUUUCCAACGGAUUACUGUAGAUGUGUUGAUCUCCAAUUAGCAGUUUGA